AUUUUACUAUGAAAAAAUUUAAAUUAUGGAGCUAUCAAAAUUAUAUGUGAAUAUUUUUAUGUAAAAUUUAUUUUAUUAAUACAAAAAGAAAUGUGAAAUUAACAGUAAAAGUUUCCUGCACAUCGUGGGCCGUUUAAUUUACGUAGCAAGCUCCACCAUGGAUCCAGAAGACGAAAUGAAGCUACAAAAAAAGGUACCUGAUGAUUUACCUAAAAUACAUACAAAAUGCAACAGCAACCGUCCACACACCAGUCCACAUGUAUCACCAGAAACCUCAAAUCCGUCUACAUCAAAAGAAAAUCCAGAAAUGAACAAUGACGACGAUUCAUCGAAUGGCAAAGAAACAGAAAAAGAAGGGUCCCUAUCCGACUGGGUGUCGGGUGGUCCCGUGGGAUCGAAAGCGGCCGUGCUAGUCUUCCGAUCAUGUGUCCUCGCCUCCAGAACACCCUCCAUGGAAUCCACAACAAAAACAGUCGGCAAUAAUACAGGCACAACGAUACUCCUCAAUAAAGCCAAGAAUAUGGCGAAAAGACUCGUAGCCGAACCGCAUUCUUUCAGCGUCCGACCAAAAACAAUAAUGCACGAUGUGAUGGAGACAUUUGGUAAUAACACAAAGUAUAUGGGCCAAGCGUAUGUGGUGAAACAUGUUAGUGAAGCGGAAAUUCCAAUAACAGAGUCUGUAGAAGAGCAAGGUCAUGAAGCAGUCGAACAUAAGAGAGAUAUAGAUGAUGUACUUAAUGAUCUCAGCAAGAUAACCCUAAAGAAGCAUUUGAACAUAGAAAAUACGACAGCUAAUAUUAAACCGCCCGAACCUCCACCUGUAACCAAAGAUGCCAAAGAUGAAAAGAAAGGAAAGAAAAACAAAGGUAAAGGAAAAAAGAAAAAUAUACAAAGGACUGUCUCGCCGAGUAUUGAUAGUGACGAUUCGGAACAAUUGCUAGUCAAAGAAGUAGAUAGUAUUAAGGUAUUAGAAAGUAGUCAUAUGCCGGCCAGAAUUCUUAAGAUCACCUACAAAUUAGUUAAUACUGAGACCAAACUGCUGCACCGAUUACUCCAAGCUCAUGGUCUCCAAGAAGCCUGUCCUGACGCAAAAGAGUUUAACCUGCUUUGGGCAGGUCUGCAUCCUAAGCCUGAUGUGCUGAGGUCACUAUCAGCGUAUCAGAGAGUCAAUCAUUUUCCUAGGUCGUACGAACUAACACGCAAAGACAAAUUGUUUAAAAACAUAGAGAAAAUGCAAUACUUCCGAGGCUUAAAACACUUUGAUUUCAUCCCCACAACAUUCCUGAUGCCGGCUGAAUAUAAAGAACUGUGUACCACACAUUAUAGGACCAAGGGUCCGUGGAUUGUUAAACCUGCCGCCUCCAGUAGGGGCAGGGGAAUUUAUAUAGUUAAUACGCCAGAACAAAUACCGAAAGGCGAGAACGUAGUAGUAGCAAAGUACGUGGACAAACCGCUUCUGAUUGGUGGACACAAAUGUGACCUACGCUUAUACGUGUGCGUUACGUCCAUAGACCCGUUGUUAAUUUAUCUGUAUGAGGAAGGCCUGGUGCGAUUCGCCACUGUCAAAUACGAUAAGACGAACAAGAAUCUGUGGAACCCGUGCAUGCAUCUGUGCAAUUAUAGUAUCAAUAAAUAUCAUACGGAUUAUAUCAAAUGUGACGAUCCAAAUGCGGGCAACAUUGGCCACAAAUGGACGCUGUCAGCCCUAUUGCGCCAUUUGCGUAAGCAAGGACGGAACACAGCUGCGUUAAUGGCCGCUAUUGAAGAUCUGGUCGUCAAAUCCAUUCUGUCUUCAGCCCAGACUAUUACUGCCGCCGCUAGAGUUUUUGUGCCUAAUCUUUUUAAUUGUUUUGAACUAUUUGGCUACGAUAUUUUAAUAGAUGACAUGCUUAAGCCAUGGCUGUUAGAAAUUAAUUUAUCGCCGAGCUUGGCCUGCGAAAGUCCUUUAGAUGCCCGAGUGAAAUCUGCCCUUUUGGCAGAUACACUGACCCUAGUAGGAUUACCAGCAGUGCCUAUGAGCAGGCAUGAGCAAUCGCCGCAGAACAACUCUCUCAAGAUGAGAAUCGGAGCGUGUCGCCGUGUCCACUCAGCAGAAAACGUAUUCGUACGCGGCAAACCUCAAACCCAGACAGAGAAAGGAAUCGCCAACCUCUUAACGGGCGAAGAAUUGCGCAUAGUACGAGCUGUUAGGGCCCAAUACGCCCGGCGUGGGGGUUUCGUCAGAAUAUUCCCUAGUCAGAACUCUUGGCAGAAGUAUUCGCAGUAUUUGGAUCCUGUAACCGGUAUCCCGAUAUGUUCUACGUCCCUAAACAAUAACAUCCCGUAUACAGUUGUUCACAAUUACAACUUGUUGGUACAUUCCCACGUGUUGCCGCAUUUCCAACACGCCCAAGCUGCUACUAGCCUUACGGACACACCGCAGAGAUUAAAACGUUACGAGGCUGUAUGCAUCGCGGGUGCGGCGCCGGCAGUUCAGAUAAACUCCCCUGGUGAGGCGACCGCGCCUCCAAGGGACGCUAAAAGAGCCAAAGAACUCAUCAAGGCCCAACUCACUGACGGAAUGAAGUUGACUAUGGGUGAAGGCCGUCGUGCUUUCGGCCUAUAUCUGACCCACGUCCUCAAGCGCAUAUCGUCUCCGAGCAACGAAAUGGCGGUGCAACACGCAGCCCUGAUCCUCCGAUUCCUCAGACGAGCUUCGGCCUCUCUGCGAAUGCCCUAUAAUGUAAAGGGUCCCCCUGCGAAGAUGUGCGACAAGGACAGAUGUGCGAUCAUCGCGAAACAGCUCAACGAUUUCCUGUACAUGUACUAUCGGGAGACGGAUUUAUAUACAGACAGCAACGACAGAGAUGGAUGCGUGUCGAAUAUACAUUUCGCACAUUUCUUGUAUGCCGCUAGUGAGGCCGAUUUAGAGGACGUAUUACUUUUGGUCCUUCGAUCGGAUAAUUGGGUGGCGACGUUCUUGGGUGAUACUAGAAGUGCAUUAUGCGUUGACGCGCCACCCGCGAGAUUGGCGCAUACAAGCAAACAUACAUUAUUGAAGCAUCUGGCUGCGGUCGCUCCUAUCAAUUGUAGAAAAUACAGACCUACCAUGGACUCGAUGAGUCGUUCGGAGUCGUCCAGCGUCGCUCAAGAGUCGGACUCGUCCCCUCCUCCACCUCCAUACACCACUUCGGACAUCGUACUUAAAGAGUCGCUGAAGGAAGAGAAGCCGCUCAAAGUGGCACUUAAGUACGCGAGAUCAUAGCAAUAUUAAUUAAUAAGUUUCAAAAAUAAUCAGAUUUUUGUUUUUAACUUUAAAAGUGAACGUAAAAAAUAAAUCUAGUUACCACAUACCAAAAAGUACUUACUAAUACAUCGAAAUAGAUACACUGCACUAAUGUUACCAUAGACUAAAAAAACGGAAUAGAUAAAUGAGGGUAUUCUAAUUUAUUUAUCUUUUCGUUUUAAAUUAACUCCAUUUAUUUCACAUCGUUAUAUUUGCUUCACGCUUACGAUGCCUACAAAUUUAUCUAUUCCUAGAACAUAUUUGUAGUUAGUUCAAUGUGAGGGUACACCGAUUACAACUAGGUUUAGGUAAUAAUAAAAUCUAUUUUUUCAUUAAUGCCAUUAUGCGCUUUUGUAAAAAAAAUAUAGAUAACAAGUAGACAUUUCACAAUGCUUCGAAAAUCAUAUUUUUACACUAAAAUCUAGAUUAAGACAUUUAUAUUUCCUUUUUCAAGUAAUUCCUGUCAAUAAUAGACAAUUCGAUAAUAGACCUUCGCAAAAAAAAUAAAGUCCAAAUCACCGUGAUUCAUUUCGACCACAUCACAUUGCGGCCCUACUGUAAUUACAGUAGAUUGCUGAUGUUUGUAAAAACCGCUACAUUCUCUUGUCAAGAUAUAAAAUCCUUAAAAGAAGUUGUCCUCUUAUGUUUACAUUCAAAACAACAAAUUACUCACCUACUGAUAUUACCGUAGAUUUGAUUAGAAAAACAGAUAAAUUAUCCUUCCGAGAUUUUUAUUAUUUUAUUUUAAAAUUAUAAUAUAAAAAUACUGAUUUAUUAAGAAGAAUUAAGAAUUUUAGUUUGGAAAUUAUAGAUAUAUGUUUCAUAUUACGCAAGCAGCUUCUACGCUUUUCAGGUUGCCAUUAAUUAGUACAAUUUAAUAUUAAAAUAAGUACCUGGCAAAAAGGUGCUAUAUAACAAGAACCAUUCGUAUUGUCUACGAGUGGUUCUUAGCCGGGCGUUUACUGUGGAAGUUAAUAAAUUGUCGUUUAGUAGACUGAGCUAAGUGUCUCUCUCUUAUGAACACGUUUACAUGUUAGAGUGAGAUGAUUUUCAGUUCUAGAACAUAUUUUAAAGCGAGAUGACUAUGUGUUCUAGAACAUAAAUUAGAGUGAGAUGACUGUGUUUCAGAACGUAUGUUAGAGUGAGAUGGCUAUGUGUUUCACAUUUUACGUCAAAGGGUAAGCCAGUUUGACGUAUUGUACUUAACAUAAAAUAGUUUCAAAUUUAAAAAAUAAUUCUUAAAUGUUCGAUUCAUUCAUAUUUGUAAAAAGAAAUUUCAUCGUUAUUAUUAUUAUUAAAGAUGCUAGUCGUGUUUACGCUUGGAUUAAUCUCAAGAAAUAUUUAUUUAAAUUCAUAUUUUAUUGCAUAAAUGAUAUUGUAUUAACACUUACAAACUGUGGAAUAAAGUUUUUGUUGCCAUGAUUACGAACAGGCGAAAUCAGGGUCAUGACAGGUCAUUAACCCCAUCCGAGACGUAUAAAACAGCUGAUUAUUUAAAUCGUUAUUUCUUACUAAUACGUGAUAUGCUUUAUAUAUUAUUAUCAAACUGAAAGUACAGAAAAUAUGAUAAAAACAUUCUGUUAUCCAUAAUGAUAGUAACCAUGGCAACAAAUAUCGUACUUUAAGUUAAAGUAACACAAAUAAGUAACAACAUUUCAAAUAUAUUGUAUUUUUUUAAAGAGUAAACAGAAAACAAACUCGAUUGUAAAAUGUUAAAUCUUUGUCAGCCAUAGAUAAUAUGAAACUGUCACUAUAAAAAAUAAAUUUACACAGGCUAUUAUAAUAACUAAACUGCAUUGCUUUUUCGUCUCUUUUUCUCAAAUUGUGCCUUCGCUGCUAUGAGAAGAGAGAGAUUAGUACUUCAAUGUAAUUAUUGAUAUUUAUUGAAUAUUUUAUUAUUAUUUUACACGCAUUUUGGAAUUGAAAUUAAUUUAAUAAGAAUUUAGUUUCCUGUCACAUAAUUAUUUAUUAAACCAGUUUAAUUACAUGGCUUGAAGUGCAUUUAUCUCUUUCCGUCAGAUUGUAGUCACGCUGUAAUGAAAAGGGACAGAUGAGUUAAUCUGAUUUUUACUAAUACAGUUAGAUUCGAAAUCUUUUAUAGCCUUGCUUCAAUACCAUUUGUGAUUAUUAUCAGUUAAUUGAUCUGCUCUGCAAUACAUUAUUAAAAGUUUUAAGUGAUA